AUGUUGGGUAAUAAGGAGCAGGUUGAUAAACAUGUUUAUCAUCUUCUUGCUAGAUGUUGUAAUCUUAACGAGAGAAAAUCGAAAGCUCUUGAGAUAGCAAAACUUUACCAUGGCGUCAGUGAAUUCACAACAGCUAAAAGUUAUGUUGAAGGUUACUUGGAGUUUAGACCCGAUUCUGUACCUGCGUACACUCUUUUGGCGAAAAUUCAGGAGGAUAUGGAUGAUUUAUCAGGAGCCUUAGGGACCUACAAGUCCCUUCGGACACUGACCAAUCUCGAUAAAAGCACUGCACUGCAUGGUAUGUGUCUCAUUUUCGCUCAUUAG